UCUCUGCGGUAGCGUUGGUGGGUGGCGUCAUAAGAAACAAGAGAUCAGAUAUCGCUAUCAAAUCAGUGUUAUCGGUGAACAGUGCACGUAUGUGAUUCGGUCAUCCUGGGAAUGCUUUCGAAAAGGCCAUAUAUUGUCAUCGCCCCCAAGCGAGUGUGACUCAUGGUCGUAUUACGAGUUCGUGAGGCAUCUGGGGAGGGUGUUUGUGUAAUCAUGUGAGCUUGGUGUUGUGUCUUUGAUUUGUAGACGGGGCCAGCGGUGAACAAGUCGAGUUUGCAUCGCUUCACUCAGAAUGGACAUCGGGAAAUGCGGCGCUUUGCACGCGAGUAAAACAUGACAGAGACUCCACCUCUUUUACCAAGAAGACCUCGUCCGUCAGAGCUGGUGGACCCAAAUCAAUCACCACCGAUCACACUGGAAACUAAGGUCCCUCACCGUGUGGGAACAUUCAGGUCAUCAAAGAAAGGGCCAAAAGAAGGCAAAGCCGACACUGAAAGCUCGCCCGCCCCCACUCAAGCAGCUCCAAAAUCUCCAAAGUUUACACCAGAAGCGAUUUUUCCAAGCUUUGCGAACCCGACCUACCUCCUGAUGAGUACAACAAACAGAGAUGGGUGUUCAAGUACGGAGCUUUCGGCGCCGGAUUUCUCAGACACGGACUCCAUCAUGUUCCUCGAGAAAACGGCACCGAACCUGGUGCGGAACGGCGUACGACGUUCCUCCGGCGGAAAGCAGUCGCCGCCCAGGUUUUCCCACGUGUACGAGGACGUCCCGGAACACGUCAUAGAGAACAACCGCAAAAUUGUUGCCAGCAGAGACAUUUUCGAUUCGGUGUCCUUCGAGUCGCCGCUGAACAGCGAGUACAAGCGAGACUCGUCCGAGUCUAGCAACUCCUCGUACGACUUCCCGAGGCAGACUUCUCUCCCCGAGACAUUCGACAACCCGGUGCUCCUUGCGCAGCGUCAGCUGUCGGCUUCCGGCUGCUUUUAUGACUUCCCCACGUUUCAGCGAAGAAAAGUGGCCGCAGAACUUGGGGCAGCCAACGAAGAAAAACGCGACGAAGACGUAGACUUUCAGACGUACGACAUUCCAGCGUCCUUAGGAAGUCCCCCUCCUAGCCUAGGAAGGCAGGACAUCGCAUCGAACAGCCUCUAUGACUUCCCACUUUCUUCCGGUACUUCGCCCCUCCUGUCGAGGUCUCCUUCCGAAGAACACCUCGAUACUCAGCCACCUUCUGCCUCUCCGCCUCGAAGUUCAUCCCCGAAAGAAAUUGUCGGAUCGAGGUCUCCGCCGGCAUUUCUGCAAGCCAAUCUCGAGAACCCCGCCUUCAAAGCAAGCUACGCCUAUGAAGUACCGAAAACGCGUCCCGUUUUGGGUCGCCCCUGUGCAACGGUUGCGUUUCCUCCUCCUCCGCCAGUCAGCCUGUUGUACGACAUCCCGUCGCAGCUCGCGACCUCUCCGACAUCUCAGCUCGUGGACGUUCUAGAGGACAGUCCGGAAGAUUACGAUACAUCCCAGUUCAGCAUGCCCCUCACUCCUCCUCCGUCGUACCCUCCUCCACCUCCUCCCGUCUUGGCACCGCCAGCCGUCCCGCCCCGGAACAUCCCACCAGGAAAUGUUUCGAAGGCGGAAGGACCCAUUCCCGGGUUUCGACCCGUUCCCGCCAAGCGCUACUCCCUCGCGCGACAAUCUCCUGUUCCGACUACUCCGCCUUCCACGGUUCGGCGCGGAAGUCCGGAUCCGAGCGGAGCGCGCGACGCGGAAGAGAACAGAUCUCCCGCCGUCAGCAGGUCGUCGUCGACGAGAGAGCCGACGAGACCCCAGCAGGUCUCGAGACUGAGUUCGAUCGUCUCCGACUCCGGCACUUCGCCGGGGGACGACGUCGUUCCGCCGUUAUGGGGAGUACCGAAAGAAUGCCAGCCUUCGUCUUUCGACAGCGCAAGCUUCGAGCUCUCCGCGUUGGAGGAGGUCCACGGGAAAUUCUCGGACUCUAGCACCCCGUGUGAGAGCUUCGAAUGGAAAGGCGCCUCCUCCAGUCCGACGUGCGACGACGGAGAGAAAGACGAAGACCCUUUUGACGAAGAGCCGCGGAGGAGAGUGUCCGAGAGCAUGAGUUCGUGCGCCGCCGCAUUCACGAUCAGCACCGCCAAGUGGAACGAACAGCGGGAUUUUGCGGGUUACAUUUACAAGACGGGAGCCAAGAGAAAAGGUUUCUUGAAGCGCUGGUCAACCCUUCAGGAUGGCUGCUGGAGUUAUUUCGUGUCGCAGAAGGACAGCCUACCUCUGGGCUCCCUCUCUGUUCAGGACAUCGGCGCAGUUUCUGUGACUGGAAGUCAGCCUUGUCCAGCGAUGUCGGACCACCCUGAGCUGUGGUGCUUCGAGAUCCACGCCCUCCAGUGUCAGGGACGCCAAUUCCUGAUCGGAGUCGAGAGUGCCCCCCUGCGGGACAAGUGGAUCAACAAGCUGACCACGGUCGUGGCACCUUCUCUUCCUGUUGAGCGAAAUGGGGAGGGUAUGAUAGAAGGUGUGAGUCAUGUGGGACGUCUGCACGUGAAGGAGGGCGUCGGAGGCUUCUGGCAGACGACGGUAGUAUGCCUGCAGGGACGUCAGCUCCACCUGCAGGCGGGGCAGGGAGCCGCCGAAGUGGUCGACCUGCGCAAGGUCAUGUCUGUUGGCAAGUCAGGCAGCUUAACUUUUGCUGGAGCGCACGAGGCUGGACCCUCCUUUCAGCUCCAGCUUCCUGGACGAACCAUCUACAUGCAGGCGGACCAUCCUCGUCACACGGAAUCCUGGGCAGCUUCCGUGGAAUGCGCGUGGAGCACUCCGCCGGAUCCUGCCUUCUCGGACCUGUACCUUGCGCCGGACGGCAUACCGGUUGCGAUCGACCGCUGCCUUAACUACAUCAGUACCUAUGGCACGAUGCUUACCGGCAUCUACCGCUUGGCUGGUUCAAGCAGUAGAGUGAAGAAGCUUGUGGAGCUCAUGCAACAAAGUCCCUGGUCACUGCAUUUGACGACCGAUGAUUACACACCACAUGAUGUUGCCAAUGCACUGAAACGGUACCUGCGCUCCUUUCCGGAUUGUCUACUUACUAAGCGGCUCUUCCAGCGCUGGAUUGGGGCAAGUAGAGUCCAACAUCCAGCAGAACGUAGAAAAGUAAUAAAAAAUCUUCUCGGCGAACUUCCCACCACCAAUUUCCAGCUGUUAAAGAAGCUGAUCUGCCACUUGAAAAGCAUCAGCGACCGCAGCGACAAGAACUACAUGCCCAUCCUCAACCUGGCUCCCGUAUUUGGACCGUCCCUCCUCUACGGGGAAGUGCACAGGUCACUCAGUAUUGACGUGCCCACCGCAAGUGGCAGCUUUGAAGAAAAUAACGCUUCCAUGGAUAUCAUUGCCGAUCUCAUCCACGGGUAUUGCUCACUAUUCGAGGUGGAGCAAGAUGAAAUUGAGAAAGAGAAAAAAAUACAAGAAGCAUUGAAUUUAUUUAGGGACUGCAAGGUUACUCAGAGACCUGCCGGUGAUAUCUUAGUCGGCGUCUAUGUCUACAGCAGGGAUUGGGGGCACUGUCUCAACAUGAAGCUGUCCCCUGCAAUGACUGCCACAGAUUUGUGUCGAUCCGCAAUUUCUCAAGUGGGAAUGAAGGAGUCACUCAGCAACCUGGCUGUCUUUGAAAUAGUGUGCAAUAAAGAUCUCGAGAGGCCUUUGCACUACACGGAGUCAGUGCUGGCAUCGGCUCUGCGCUGGGCAGCUUGGGACAGUUUUUAUGCCAAAGAAAACUAUCUUUGUAUCAAGAACAACUUUGUUUACGAAGAAAUUGGCGCUCUCGUUCAAAGUCAUCGGCCGCUAUCUGUGUUUAGUGAGCUGAAGUACGCGAGCCCACGUCAAAAGAGUUUCAAGAAGGUGCACUUUGAGUUCACCCGCGGGAAGAUUACGCAUCAUAAGGAUGCAAAGGCUAGUCAGCAGUUGAAUCAGUGGAAUAUUGAAGACGUGACAUGGUACCUGGGCUGCGAUUCGCGGAGGAGCCCGCCACAUAGGAUGAAUAUCACUUUCGUGCCUCGUCAAGGAGAGAUCAAAAAGACACGAGAUGCACCAUACUUUGGACACUGUCUUAGUCUGCCAACGGAGGACGAGUGCUCCAAAUGGUUGGCCGCCAUGUUGAUAGCGGAGUACCCAACCGGAGUCCUUCCUGCGGAGACAGCACAAAACUUCCUAGACUGAGUGGUCGAUCAAACUGCAAGUUCUUGGCUGUGUUUUGAACUCUCAACAUUAAUGCUCUUGGGUACCAGGGUACAGAAAACGCACCGCGUCAGAUGCAGCGGUCGUGUCCGUCGAAUUAUUUGCAGGGUCGAAACUCUCGAGCUUUAAUACGUGGGUACUGUUUGCUUCAUAUAUGUAAUACCCUGCACUUCAACCUUUUUAACUGAUCACCAUUGUUGCGAUGUGUUAUAGUGCGCUGCGUUCAAAUACGGCCGUAUUGUGGGUCUGUCCCAGCCAUGUUUUGUUCAUGCACCAGACAUGCUGUCUUACUCAUGUGCCAUUCAUGAUGUUCAUGCACACUGACUUUUUCUUUCGUAACCUUUGUUUGUUCUUUUUUUUUUACACUCAUCGUGUCUAUAGUUAGGUUGUGGCGUCACACUCACCGUUGCGCAUCGCCUAUAUAUCGUUACCCGUGCCUUACUAGCGCAUGUGCACUUACAUGUGCAUGUGCACACUGAGCUGGGAGUGGCCCUGCGCAUUUCUGCGUGUAUAACUUACUUGUUAAGCAACAGCAGCACGUGCGCAGCUUCCUUAUUCGGUGCUGUUACUUUAGCUGUGUUUCAGCUUAGCAAUGUUGGCAGCAGCUGAAAUUAAUGUCAUUUUGUCCACUGGGCUUCUCUGGGCUGAUUUAUCCAGACCCCUCAUUACGUCCCUCAAAUGUUUGACACCCCCUGUGCAACCACCACUACAAAGGGCCAUGUACAUGUCAGCACUGACACAUAAAUUCGUUAAAGCUUAAACGUGACUCUAAGAACGGUCCCCCGGUUCUUAUGAUUCUGGAUGCACUGUCGGGUGUCCUGACUCGAUCCACUUUGGAACAAGCGUGCCACACGGUUGCUUCGGCACCUGGAUGAUUUUGGACAAACAUUUGGACGCUCACGUUGGGGUGCGCUAAUUACGCGAGUAAAUACGAUAUUCCGUGUCAACCUCGUAUACGCGUGUAACAAAUGCAGCUGAUUACACAGAACAAUCUGCCGCCGGAAAGGUACCACCACUGAUCUCUAUAGUGUAGGCUGGAUCGCGCAUAGGGUGCUCAAAAGCGUGGUCACCGGCCGCCAUAUUGGUGGGCCCAACGUAUUCUGUCGUCUGCAUUUAGUUCAAGCGGGGCUGCCCGUAUUUUUUAAAAUUCCCUUUAAACUAAAGGGCAUGUCAUGCCAGUUUAACCCGCAGUAAAUACUCCAAAUCAAAUCGCUUGCUAUUGUUUCCUAUGGGAGCAGCCGGCGCCAGUGGGCCCUCCAACAUGGCGGCCCGAAUGCACGCCUCUCCCCCAUCGAGCCCCCUCUCCCAUGCGCGAUCCAGCCAAAUCCCGAUCGAGCCAAAAAGCCGACGUAUCGUUUUUAUGUUUGUCGGCUGCGUUGAUUUGACUCACGUUUGCCCUGUGUAACGCGAGACACUGCAGCCAUUAGCAUUUCUUUAGUCGUCACGGUCGUCUGUGACGUGGCGCUUCAGUUUCGCAUAUCGCCCAUUCAGUGAUUCAUGCUGCGACACUUUUAUCUAUUUAUUUUUUUAGGCCUAAGUUAUUUUACCGACAUGGCCCAAUAUCGACAAGUACGCACCGGCAGGAGUUUGCGAAGCGCGCUGCACUGGAUUCGAAGGCAGCCUCGGUCGCUGGAAUAUGCCAUGUAUACCACAUCGUCGAAAAGCAGCCGUAACAUUAUUAGAGCGGCAGCUUUGUAGGGCCAACCGCCGUGUCGGUCCGUCUGUAGCUUUAUAGGACCACGUGACCGAAAUUUAUUUCCAACCGUUAUUUCCGUUAAACACAAUGCCCACAGAUGCAGCCAAUUUCUUUUACCCGCUUUAUAAUGCGGUAGCUCCGCAACAUAUGGCGUUUUUUCCUGUGGGUAGAACCACCGGUUUCAACCCCGAUAGAACGGUGUGUAUACGCAUCGUUCUAUGCGGGUGAAGGCAUCGUUAUGUCCGUAUACGGAUAUAACGAUGCUUUCAUUAUCACAGUCGGUGCUGUUGUACAUGCGCUAGUUUCACUGCGGUGCCCAUGCGGAAAUGUCUUUCUGCGAUCUUCUCAUGCCUUUGCCACGCCUGUGUAGCCUUUGAACUCAUUGUAACAUUCCUUGUUACGCUAUAGCAGCUCCUGCGCCAUCAAAGUAAAGAAAUGCAUCGAAAAACUGACGCAACAAAAGGCGCGGCCGCGGACUUUUUUUUUCCUCUUUUCUCUCUCUCUUUCAUGGGUAACUAUAUAUGGGCGGGAGGUCCUUGUAAAACUGUGUUCUUGUCCUCCUUCGACCAUAUUUCGAUUGUCAAAAAUGCACAACACCAAAUAGCCAAUGUCCAGCUAGUGUCUCAAGCAGUAGUCAAGUCUUCUUGGAUUUAGUCAUCAGCUUCGGCUUUGCGAAAGACUGACAGUGUCUUUGCUGCGUGGAAUUUGUUACGCCGCGUUGCAACAUUUGGUACAAUGUCCCACGUGCCUUAGAUAAUCCCUACUUCUAGUUCUUCGUCUGUAACGUUGCAGCGAAUACUGGUGCAGGCAGGACGGAAGAUGGUUCGGCUCUCCUGACACCGUUGCACGUGAAUUGUGCCAUUGGAAUUACAUUAUUUUGGUACUCAUGGAUGAGCUCUUGAUAUUUUAUAUAAACUUUUAUGGAUGUUUACACACACAUAUAUGUAUCAUGAUUUUGUGUAAAGAACGGAAACAAAACAAUGCAGCCUUGUUGAUGCACAAGCGUAUGAGAAUGACUGAAAAUAAAUAUAUAGUUUUAUACA